AUGCAUCUGAUGAGUCACCAGCUAGAGAUAAAAGAGUUCGAGUUCUCUAUAUGGAGAACAACAGAAAAGUACUACCUCGAGACCGAAGCACAGGCUCCGCUUGCAGUGCAACAUACACCUAAGUCGGCUGCGAACGUCGCAAAUCGUUGGAUCAAGACUUGCGAAGCAAAGCAUUCCCAGUGUACGAAGCAAGCUGCUCCACCAGAAGAUGCAAAAAUGCCAACUAGGCUUUUGGAUUUGGGUGCCGCCAAUUCAAAGGUUUGGCGUAUCUAUGAGGAUCCAGAACAUGUUCCAUAUGCUGCGCUUUCUCAUCGAUGGUCUUCUGACACACCUGAACUGCAUACCAGCAAUUACAAGAAUUAUUGCAAUUCCCAGCCGGAUAGCGCCCUCCCACAGAACUAUCAAGACAUUAUCUUCAUCUGCCGUGCUAUUCCUAUCCAAUAUCUUUGGAUUGAUUCGCUCUGCAUCAUACAGGAUGACAGUGGCGAUGAAUACCGUAGGGAGGCUCCAUUGAUGAUGGAUAUUUAUCAACAUGCAUUCCUUACGCUAUCGAUCUGCUGGGACUUCCCAGGUCUUUCUUUAUUUCGCAAGUGUCGGCCUCGCAGUAUCCCUCGAUCUCGGCCCUUUGCUCAUCACGGAGAAAAUGGUCUAUCGGAGUCAGAUGAGUGGGUAUUUGCUGAGGAGAUGAUACAUCCAGAAAUGGACAUUUCUGUGAAUGGAGCACCCAUCAACCAACGGGCGCUCAUUGCCAUAGCUGGCCUCGCAAAGGUAGUCGCAAGCAAGACUGGCGGUACAUAUCUUGCUGGUAUUUGGCUGGACUCUUGGAUGCAAGAUCUUUUAUGGGAGCCAGUAAAGGAAAGAGCUCGAGGCUCGAAACUGAAACCAGAAGGACUCACUAUGGUGCCACCUUCAUGGUCUUGGUUGGGAUUUUCCGGGACGGUGGAAUACGGUAUUGUGUUAUCUGUAGAGGGACCGAGGAUCUCAAUCAUGACUCCCAACUUAUUCGAGUCAGCUACGUACCAACCAUUUGCUCUAUUAAGCCAAGCUGGAGUCAUUCCACCCACAGGCGACCCUUUCUCUUCAUUCGAACGAGCAAUUUUGAAGAUUCGAUGCCUGAUUUUGCCGGUAACAUUCGCCGGUAUUACCCAUCAGGGCGAGCAACCACGGUCCUUCCGUCACGAGGGUAAUAUCGAAUUGUCUUCAGUUGGGCUGGAUUGUUUUCGACUCCAAGCUUGUGAACCCUUGUAUGGUUCUUACAUGACAUUUAGAUUCCGGUUUAGCAAGCCUGUUGACAGUUCUUUACCAUAUUUCCUUGUUCCAUUAUGUCGUCGCCAAGAUCAUGUACGCAAGCGUCUACGGCACGGUGUCUAUGGACUUGUUUUACAGAAAAGUCUUAGCGGUGGCAACCAAGAAUUCAUCAGGGUUGGAACAUGGCAAGAGGAUUUCCGUCAUGCAUCCCAGCUCAACCCUAUAAUCAGCAACACAAUCGUCAAACUAAGUGUUGGGGAGAACUCCACCUUGAGCGAUGAAAACCUUACAGAAAAUGAGCGCAUUUUUGACUCAAAGCUUCGUGAUUAUGCAGCGGGUCAUGUUGCUUCGAAAGUCCAAUUUCCUCUCAAGAUCGUUAACAAAUUGAUGGAGAAUCAGCCAGAUGUCGAGAAAGUUGGCGAUAAGGCCGGUACUCUCGGAUCUGGGGCUACUGAACAGAAGGGCAUUGAAACAGAUGGAGACCUUCCUAAAAGCCUCUUCAAUAGCGAUGAAGAGGUCGAAUGUUCGUUACUACCGCAUUUUACUACUGCAGAAUGGGCUACUAUUUCCUUAGUAUAG